AUGUCUUCCCCCAACCCCCAAGAGCCCGCUGUCCCUCAGCCGCUUCACGUCAAGACCCCCCACGGCGUCUCCGAGAAGCCCUCGCGCGAGUCGAUCAGCUCCCAAACACCUACCCUCGCCGAUGAGAAGAAGGGCAACACCACUAGUCAUGAGGUCCCUGCGCGCGCAUCGGACGUCUCGUCCCCGUCGUCGAACCGCCUGAACCCCUUCGAUACCGACGUCGAAGCUUGCAUCACCCCGUCCUCGACAAAGUGCGAACUGCGCAAGUCGAGGGGCGGCGACUGCGAGGUCUGGCCUGGCAGAGACCACUGGAAGCAGAGGGCCAAGGCCGCCAAGAAGAAGCGCGCCUUUGGCUGCUUGUCCCAGCUGAGCAGGCGGAACAGGAUUAUCGUCAAGAUCCUCAUCGUGGUCCUCAUUGUAGGCAUUGCCGUCGCGGUUGGCCUCGGCAUCAGCAAGCCUCUGGGCGCCGGCAUCUGGCACUCUAAGGACUACCAGUGA